UCGCCGCAUGCGCUGUGCCGAUAUUACAAGUUGGCGCGUUAUUUCCAUAGAUAUAGAAUAAAAAGACUUCCGGUUCCCCGCGUACGCGCGCCUGUAAAUGUAUACAUUUGUAAUUGUAGCUAAAACAGCUGGAUCGAUCCAAAGACCAAACAGCUAUAGUACAGCUGGCUGGAGCUGGAUGCAACAACUUCCUGUACAGGUUUGAGCUGUGCUUUCCAGUGAACCAAAAUGCUCCCCAGCUGCAAAACAGGGCUUCUCAUCUUAACCUCACCGAUAAACCAACUCGUCAAACGAAUCAGUCCCAUACUAUGCCAUGCGGCCAGCUGCAUAUUGGAAACAGUCUACGUACAGCUGCAUCCCGGCCUUGACCACGAACUGGAACCGUACAAACAGAGACCGAUUCCCGUUACGCAAGAUGUCUGCGCAACCAUCACUGCAAUCUACGCCAAGUCGGCGCAGCUACAAGGGCAAGAUGUCAGAGUACUCGUAAACAAUAUAAGUAACCGGUCUGGCACCUUGCCUCCCACUAGACUUCUCAAAGGAGAAGUGGGUCUGGUACUGACUGACUGCUCCGCUCCAAACAAACUCCAAGCGUUACUGAAGUCAUGGUUUGUAUUCCCAACAAAUCCUGUUGUGGAAAUCAUACCAGAGUCUGUCUGGUUAGAUGUUAACAGUUCUGCACCAGUGGAUACUGAUGCUAGCGAAGUAGACUGUUUGCCGGUUAAGAGUUACGGAAGCGUUGUUCUUGGAGGAACAUUCGAUCGCAUCCACGCUGGACAUAAAAUCCUGCUGAGCGAGUCGGCUAUCAGAGCAGAAGAGAAGAUUACAGUUGGUGUGACAGACAUAUCCAUGCUGCAACGGAAAACACUACCAGAGUUGAUCCAGCCAAUGGAUGCGCGCAUCGCGUCUGUCCGUGACUUCAUCCAGGAUAUCAAACCACGCAUCUUACAAUCAGACUCCAUCGUGCCCAUCACGGAUCCUUACGGCCCCAGCGUGGUGGAUCCAGACAUGAGGUGCAUUGUGGUCAGUGAGGAGACCAAGAAAGGUGGAGAUGCUGUCAAUAGGGUCAGACAGCAAAAGGGUCUGUGUGUACUAGACAUGCAUGAGAUAUCUCUAGUAGAGGACAUCAAUCAUGCUGCACAUGAAGAAGCUAAGAUAAGUUCCUCAACACAAAGGAUUCGACUCCUAGGAACACUGCUCAAGCAACCCACGAAUAAAGAUCUACCUGGCACCCCAUACGUGAUUGGUCUGACCGGCGGCAUAGCCAGCGGGAAGUCUUCAGUAUGUAGACGGCUGGAGGGGCUCGGUGCUGCAGUGAUUGACUGUGAUAAGCUGGGGCACAAGGCUUACCUACCAGGCACGCAGGGAUUCAGGAGAGUGGUGGCUGAGUUUGGACAAGAUGUUGUUGGGGCUGAUGGUAGCAUCAACAGGCGAGCCCUCGGCGCUAAAGUCUUCCAAGACCGAUCCCGUCUGGACCGGCUGAACCAGAUCGUCUGGCCGGAGAUUGCCAGCAUGGCUCGGGAGGAGAUGAGGGUCCUGGGUGAUGGAGGAUGCCUGGUGUGUGUGCUGGAUGCAGCCGUGCUGAUUGAAGCUGGGUGGGACGGGUUCUGCCAUGAGGUGUGGUCAUGCAUUAUUCAUAAGGAUGAGGCCUUGAAGCGUAUUCUAGACAGGGAUCGUCUAGCAGAGGAGAAGGCACGACAGCGCAUAGAAUCCCAGCUCAGUAACCAGGAACGUGUGGAUCAUUCCAAUGUCGUCUUCUGCACCUUCUGGGAGCCAGAGGUCACUCAGAAACAGGCGGAGAAGGCUUGGGCUGGGCUUAUGGAGAGAUUACCAACUUCCGAAGCCAAACCACAGCAGCCUAAACUAUGACGGCCGAAGGCACCAGGAGCUUGAUGUAGCUUGUAUGCCAUCAGUGGUAUUACACAAUGCACCAUGGACAUGAACUGUGGCUGAAAUGCUUAUGCGAUAAACCAGCCUAGAUGUGGUUUAUUCCUCAAGCAGGGGGAAAUAGGAUGGAAAAAAAAAAUUGAAAGUGUGUGACUACAAUUUGAGCCCUUAUGGAAUGUUUUUAUUGAUAAAUAUAAGCAAGCAUGGAAUGGAGUAAUGCCAAUUAUUUUUUCAGCAGUUUAUAUGCUGCUGAUGUAUUCAAAAUGAUAUGGGCCAGUAUUCACAUCAUUAAGCUUCUAAUAAUAACAUAGGGGACCCAAUAACUGUAGACAUUUUUCCCUUUUAAAUUUCAGUUCUUCUCAAAUUUCAGGAUUGAUGAUUUAAUUUGAAGUAGUUGAACAAAGUACGACAGAAAAUAAACACAUAUACUUCAACA